ACUGGUAUCUGAUUUAGGGAUCCAUGGUCCAAACAGUUCCUAUUUCGGUUAUAAACUAUGAUACUGUUAUACAAAAUGUAGUUUACGACACUGUUAUAAGGAUCUUGAAGUGGAGCCAAGUUUGUAUGUAUACGUUUGAGAAAAUUUGGUUGAUAGUUCAUGAAAUCGUAAGUGAAUCGCAUGGUGUAUGUGCUUUCUUUCGAUAUUGUUAUGGCGUUUUUAAUUGGCUAUCUGGAAGCAAAAAAAAACAAUCUGAAUGAGUUCAAUUGGGCAAAACUGACGGUUCGAAUACACAUCCCUUCAAGCAAACCAGUCCGAACUUGGUCGGAAUCCGCUCCGCCUCAAGCGGAGCUGAGUCCGACUUCGGCUCAGAAACGGGUCCGAAGGCGGCUCAAAUUAGUAUGGAAAUUAUAAUCACCGCGGAGCCGAUUUUAAAUGUAUUGGUUUUUUCACCACGAUUUCUCCUUCGACUUUGUGUUCGUACACAAAAAGUUGGAAGUGUGUGAGUGCAACCCCGUUUUUCUCGGUCAGAGGUCGGAGUGUCUUUUCUGAACUCCGUUUUCUUGCUUGAAGGGAUAUAUGUGACACAUAACAAACUCAACCAAUACAUUCACACCAAACCUCAUAUCCUUCGGAAUAACAAACUGUUCAAUUGCGAUUCCGAAUCGAAGAACAAUUCCGGAUUGCCAAUUAAAAACGCCAUUAUCGGCUCAACUGAAAUCGCUUACGAUAAUUAUAUCGUAUAUUCCAGUGUUCCAGUUGUUUUAUAUAUGUUAGAGAUCGUGAUAUUUUUUUAUCUAUAGUUUAAGCUAACUUCCAUCAAAACGCAGCUUACAUGUAAAGAUAAUAAACUUUCGAAACGUCAAAGCUACAACAGAUUGAUAUUUUUUUUUCUAUUUUAUAAACAAAGAUUUUGGGAAAUAACAUCAAAUUCGGAGCACAAAAGUUUACAAUGAAAAUUAAUUAUUAUUGAAUUGCAUUUAAACAAAAAAAAGUUAUAUGUUGAAAUGUUUACGAAAAAAACAUACGCAGACAUUAAAAAGUCGACACUCAAAAUUCAGGACUGCAAAAAAGAUUCCUUUACUCGCCUGAAGCAUUUAAAAACAAUAUUAGAAUUUGUUGAUGUUCGAGGAGCCAAAUCAUUAUUCGAAACAAAUUAUAGUCAUGUCUACUUUAUUUUUUACGAUACAUUUGUUCAAGCAGAAUUAAAUUUAAAGCAUAAAGAUCUUCCUUUUCAAAUUGCUCACAAGGCUCACCGAGAAGAACUUGAUGGUACACUAUGGCUACUGAGAAAAAUUCUUUGUCUCUUGCCGGAACUAUUAGCUCGAAGAUGGCAGUGCCACUCAUUAAGCAGAAUAAUGGCAAAACUUUUGCAUUUAGGCAACAGUCCCUGGCUUCGAAAAGAAGGCGUAAGGUAUUUUAUAUUGUGGUAUCAAGUAUUGGCUGAAAACGCUCCAACAUAUGUACACGAAAUGUUUGUCGAUCUAUUCCCUUGUGCAAUUUCUCCUCUUAAAGCUAUCAAUGAUAUACCUGAUGGGGAAUUCGACACUUCUGACGUAUUUAGUCAUCCCAACAUGAAAGUUGAAGUUGGAACUUCAGUUUUUCAUCAUAUGAUGCUUCAUCCCGUUCAAAGCUUGGAAGCAGUUCCUCUAUUUCCACCUUCAUCAAAUGAAAGAUUUGACCCUUUUGAUCCUAAAGAGGGAUUGGAUAUAUUUCUUAAUUGUAUGGUUCAAACCACGGGCUCCAUUAAAUGGCGGGACAAUUGUGCUCAAAAAUGCUGCAAAUCAUUUGCAUUUUUAUUAAAACGUUUUAAAGAAGUAUUUCUACCUGUAUUCUGUCCAGAUUUUGAUAGUACAAACUCAAUUUACGAUCUGAAACUAAAUCUUCCUACCAUGCGUGUACAUAAUAAAAAAGACGAAUCUAUGUCUGCGUGUGUUGUUGUACUAAUCAAUUGGAUAUCAAGAUUUGUUCAUGAAAAAACUGUAAGCAGCAAGGUAGAAAACAUUUAUCUCCAAUAUAUGGAUCAACCUCUUCUGAUAACCGAUCACAGAUGUAUUUCAUAUUUUCAAGAUAAAAUUGUACGUGAUGCCUUAUAUUCAACUCAAUGCAAUAUUAACUUUGUACAUGAAGUUCUAAGACAAGGAUUUCUUUUAAAUUUUACUACAAAAUCCCAAAUUGACGCAAUGCGAACUUCUGUUGCUAUCUAUAGAGACUGGAUGGCAUGUAAAAAUCCGCCUCCAUUUAUGUCAGAGCCAAAUGAAGGCGAUAGCAAUAGUACCAGUUGUAGCUCGAUGGAUUCAUCGUUACAAAAAUCAAAGUCACACUCGAGUGUUGGUGUUGUUGUUAGCCGGGAAACUAAUAAUAAUAUCCAGGCUGGCCUACAAAAUAUUAUACAAGUAUUUGUAACAAAUGCAGCAAAUGUAUUUUUAGUAAAUACAAGCAAUCUCAAUAUAGUAUUUCCUUCGUCUAAUAGAGAAUUUCAAUCAACCCCACUCAACGAACAGACAGAAAUAUGUAAAAAAGUUCUUAAUGUUUAUCGGACUAUGGUUAUGAACACAAGAAUGGAACCAAAAACAUGGGAACAAUUGUUACUAGUUUUGCUUCAAAUAACUUCGAUUGUUUUGAAUCAAAACUCAACUUCCUCCAGACCAGUGUUGGCAAACCGUUUGAGUCAGGCGAUACUGCAGACGCUUAUUGUUACAUGGAUUAGGGCACAUACAAAUGUACCUAUUAAUGUUCAACUGUGGGAACGAUUUUUAUCUGUUCUUACUUCCUUGACCUCUAAAGACGCACUAAUAAACGAAUGGGAAAAGACAAUGCAAACAUUAACACGCGUUCUUGGGCGAUAUGUUUACAAUUUAAAUUUACAAGAUUUGCCUCUGGACCGUUUGACAGACAGCAAAGGAAAACGACGUCGAAUAGUAAGUGUAUGGCAAAGCGAUUUAAAAGAUCGAAAUUCAAGAUCAUCACAUGUAUUAAAUGAUAGAAACGUAGAAACUGUAAAAGAACAACAAAAAAAAGAUGAAGAAUCAAAUUUUGAAUCUUCAAGCAGAAUUACCACAACAACUCCAAUUCUAAGUCGUUCUUAUAGUGAAGGAAGUCUUUUAUCAUCACGAAAAAAUGGCGAAGUACGUGCACCACACAAAAAGAGAAAUACCUUAGUCAAACCAUUAAGUUUUGACAAUUCGCUUAGUGCGCUGCUUGAUCAAACAAAUUUGAAUAGUAGUUUUGAGAAAAUCGAUUUCAGAACAGAAGACUCAAUAAAUAUACCUAGAGGCCCAAUGGUAAGACGAGCAAUGUCCUUAAACUCAUUUCAUUUAAAGAACAAUCUUAACGAAUCUCGAAGUCCAUCGCCAUCGGCAUCGAGUGGCAUAGAAGGCGGAUCUAUGAAAGAUUCUCCAAUGCAGAUCGAUGCUUUGGUCAAUGAUACAGCUGGUUUUGAAGACAACGCUUCGGUAACUUCAUCUGAACGCAGAUCGAUAAUUCUUGGCGGUUAUGCUAGUGGCUGGCUACCUGGCACAGCAGCUAUUAUGUGGAAGCGAAUGCUUUGUUCUUUGGGAGAUGUCAACUUGAUUUCUCGACCGGAGCUACAUGCUCAAGUUUUUAAGUAUCUGGUUGAAAUGACUAGAAAUUUGAUAAAAAUAAUGCAAAACCAAGGAGUUUCUGAAAAUAAUCUUAGCACACCAAGUCCACCAUCACUUGUCCCACCAAUUAGUAUUUCAAGUCCAUGGUGCUUUGGGGCACAACUUCUUGGUCCAGAAUAUAAAAAGGGUCAGCUUUCGUCGAUUAAGAUACUUUGUAUGUUAGCGAUACAUGGAUCAAUUCAUGGAAAAAAGCAUAUGUCAUUGUUUUACAAUUUACUACAUAAAGUUCUUACUGGCGAAGACCGUCAAGAGAUUGCUUGUUUAUUUAAAUGUCUGGAAGGCACACGUUUUUUGAGUCUUUUGCUUGCUGGACAUACGCUUCUGUUGCUUGAUAUUAUACAUGCGUCAGUUGUGCUUCUUACAUCAUGCGAUCCAAAUUGUGCCUCUCCUCGUGGUGAAGUAAUUGCUCUUCUAGGAUCUUUAUUGUGUUAUCCGUCAUCUGCAUUUCCGAAAUUGGUUCUUCAACCAUCGAUGCAGCAAAUAGAAAUGGUAGAGACUCCAGACCUCCAUGAUCACAUUCUUAAUAUUAUGCUACGAUGUGCACGUCGAGAGCCAUCAUCAAAAGGAAGGUGUAUAGCAUUUGCUCAGCUGGGACAAUGGAUAUAUUUAGAACUAAAUAAGCCAAAUUUAUUGAAACAAAAACUCGAGCAACCAAUAUCUCAGUCUUUCAAUCAAACUACUAGUGUUUCAAAAAAUUCCACACCUUUUAAUCCACGUAUAAAAGAAGUCAUUCAAGUACUUCUGCAAGCUAUGUAUUUCAAACAUGGAACUAUAGCAAUUGUAGCAGCUGGAUCACUAAAAAUAUGCAGUGAACAGAGUCGUGAGCUCUCUGAAAUCGAAAGCAUACCAGAACUUAUUAUUACUACAUUAUGUAAAGCUCUACAAGUGCAACAAAUUUCCAGUCCUCAGGAUUCAGAAAAAAUAGCUCUGUCCACGUUUAUGAUGUGUCUUGGAGAAUUUUGUAUGGCUUUUCCUGUGCAUUUUAUGCUUAAUCCAAUAAAUAAAAACAAUGGCACCUUGAUAAUAUCGGUUCUACGAGUUCUCUUUCUGAUUCAAUCAGGAGAACGAGAAAAUAAUUAUAAGCACAUUAUUUCCGAUAGUGAUUUUGAUGAAAACAUUAGCAUUGACGAUGUGCUUGUUGGUAAUGAAAGCAGCCAUCAAAAAACAGCAGGUUCAAUACGGAGGAAUAAAUUAUCAAUACAACUUUGUGCUAAAUCUGUGAUAAUGCACUUGGUAGUUCACUUGGGUCUAUUUCCACCAGCGAUUGGAGCAUCACGUUUAAGUUCUCUGGUAGAGGAACAAGACGAUGUAUACCUACCGGUGACUGACAUCUACGAAAGCGGAAACGAUUCUGGCUUUAUGGUUCCUCAAGGUAAUCAGCAUCAAAGAAUUCAAGUUUUCAUGCUGAAUUCUGGACUUAUUGCCAGUUUUAUAGAGCUGCCUGAUCUAAAAUCGCCUGCUGGUGUUUCUGGUUUGGCUACGGCUGAGAAACAAGUACGAGUAUUACUAAGAGAUCUUAAUGGAAAGUCAUGUUGGGAAGCUUCGGUACUUUAUAGCGAACCAAAAAAACAACAACAGAAUUCUAAUUACUUUCAUAAUUGUCUUCAAUCGAAUCAAAACAAAAUAUCUUCAACUGCUGAAUGCAAGCAUUUAUUUUAUUCAUUAACAGCAACUAAUACUGAAGUAUCCCGGCAUACAGUUCGACAUCGCUCGAGCAAUAAAUUACCUAUUGCUUCGGAUCUUGCUUCAGAUUUGGAUCAGUUGGGGGAUCUACUUCAAUAUGUUGGCUACAUGAGCCCAGAAUGCUUAGCCAGUUCUUCCACUCCACUAAACACACCUGGCAUAAGUCCAUUAGGAUGCCAUCUUGAAGCUCAAACAAUAUCAAUAUUACUCAAGCAGCGUUCAAUUGAACAAGAAUAUGAAGCAAACUUGCAUUACAUUGAAAAUGAAAAAGAUUAUGACUCGCCUCAAUUUUUAAAUGAACCAUCUGAAGAGUCUUCCGCGUGCAAUAAUAACGCAACAAACAUUUAUCAAUUCGAAUAUCCAUUCCAAUUAUAUCGUUUAUUAUUCAGUCAUUUGGGUUUAGUUGGAUGGGAGAGAAGAAGUCGUACCCAUUUACUACAGCUGAAUGAGAAAUUAAAACGAGAACUACGGAAUGUGGACAUGCAAAAGUGUAGAGAUACACAUAAAAUAGCUGUCGUUUAUGUUGCUAGUGGACAGGAAGAUAAAAAUAGUAUUCUUAAAAAUACAUACGGCAGUAGUGCUUAUGAAAGUUUUGUAUCGACACUGGGUUGGGAAAUCGACUUGGAAACUCAUAACGGUUUUUUGGGUGGACUACCUCGUCAAGGCUGCGGAGCUACAGCUCCAUAUUAUGCAACACCUUUCGUAGAAGUCAUAUACCAUGCAGCAACUCGAAUGCCAAGUGACACGACUGAAGCUCUACUAACAAAAACUCGGCAUUUGGGAAAUGACGAAGUUCAUAUUGUGUGGAGUGAACAUCAUCGGGAAUAUCGUCGUGACAUACUGCCUACAGAGUUUUGUGAUGUACUUAUUGUUGUCUAUCCACUGAAAAACUGCUUGUUUCGUGUUACUGUAAAUUGGAAACCAGAUGUACCCUGGUUUGGACCUUUGGCUAACGAAAGUAUAGUAAAUGGUUCUUGUUUAGCAAUAUUAGUUCGAGAAACUGCAAUAAACGCCAGUCGGUCUAAGCGAUCAUCGAUAUCAUUGUAUCAGCAAUAUUAUGAAGAACGAAAUCGGUCACUUGAAAAUUUAUCAGCGCUAUGCAAAGAAAAUUCAACGUUUGAAGAAUUUGUUAACAGAGUUUAUAAUACGAAUCCUUCCACAUUAUUAGGAGAAAAUGCUCCAGGAUCUGAUCACACUACAUCAUCUUUAAUUGAUAAACAUCGUGCUAAAGGCUGGGCCCAAACAACAGUUGAUUCAACCUCCAGAGACUCGACGCAAUAUUUUCUACCGGACGAUUCUUCGCCUAGAGUACCUAAAAAACUGCACUCAUUUAAAUCAUUAUCUAAAGAUACACCUCUUCAUCAAGCUAAUACACCUCCCGAGAGUCCAACUUUCAUUGGAGAAUAUUGAUCAGAUAUUGGUUUAUAUCAGUUUUAAAGCUUAUAUGUAUCUCUAUCAUCGAAAUGACAGUUGCAAUAUGCAUAGAAUCAUCAAACCAUUCUUCAAAAUUCUAGCAAAGUAUUUAAUUAUUUUUUCAGAAGUUAGGACUAAUUUCGCUUUUCAUAAUAUUAUUUUACACGGAAUAACCUUUUAUAAUUUAUUUAUAAGCAGUAAGUAUUAAUGUAUUCCAAAUAAUGUAUAAAAAAAUUAAUAAAAAAAAACAUAAUGUUAAAUCUAUUAAAAUUUGUUUUAAAAUUAUUUAACUUCCCAGCAAAACGUUGGUAUUUCCUUCCCAUUGAAAAACAUCAAUCUUCAAGUCUAAAUAGAGGAUUCUCUUAAGAACAUAAUAGAACUCAAUCAUCAAAGUUGUAUGUUAACGGUAUUCACAUUCGGCCUUAUCACGAAUUCCAUUCGUAUUGGAAAUAUUCUACGAUUCCCGAAAAAACAAUCACAAAAUCCGAUCUAAGUGACGAUUUGUAUGAAAUUUUCCAUUACGAACGGAUUCCGUGAUUGUUUUUUUCGUAACAAAUUUCCGAUACGAAUGGAAUUCGUGAUGAGGCCGAAUAUAUAAAAAUUACCAUCGGUAAACUUUCUUCAUAAGCUACUCCUUUUUCUAUUGUUUUUAUGAAAGAGCUUUCAGGAUUUGAAUUCCUUUAAGAUCAUAAUUUAAUUGAUCAUAAAUUCAGGGAUCGAAUUACGGCAUGCGUUCGUAAACGUACGGUCGCUAUGUGUCCCUAUCUUUUUCUACUAAUUAAAUAGAGACCGAAAUAGUCUAAACGUUAACGUAUGAUCGAAAUCGUCUGCCUUGAUUCGACCACUGAUUUUGAAUGAAAUUCUGUUAUAUUUAUGAGAUAAAAUUGAUUUUAUAGCAAUUAAAAAAUGUUUAUUGACCGUGAGUAA